AUGUCGGCAGUACCUGGCGGUGCGGGCGAGUCUUUCUAUGAGUCCUUCGGCAAGUUACCUCGCAGAGAUGUGAAUGCUGGAGGGCACGAUCAGGCGGAGGUGGAUUCAGAACGGAGACAGUGGAUAUGGAGUGGGAGCCAGGAUCGAUCCUGGUGGGGGCACUCCUGGGGCAGCGGCCAGUGGGUAGCCCGCGACUGGGGUCGAGGCUACGACGGUCAAGAACGACAAGUGAGCAAGGGCGAGACCUGGGGAACUACGGCCUCCCUGGGAUCAGGCUCUGUGGAUGAUGGCGGCGAUCGAGAUGUACGACGAGCAGUACCUGAAGGAUGGCAGCCACAGAAGCUCGGCUCCGAAACGGGAGCUCCACGUGGUGAUCUCGGCCGUGGGCCUUCCGAGAAGAUGGUGGUUCCCUCUUUCUCCGGUUCGUUGGAACCGGGCUCGGGCGAGGACUUGGGGGCCACGGCAUGUUCGUACUUACGCCAGGUUGCUGCGUGGAGGAGGAUGACGCGCCUGGGGAAGAGCCAACAGGCGUUGACGCUCUACCAGGCCGACCAGGCCCUGACCGGAAAAGCUUGGGCGGAUGCAGAGCGUCUGGACAUGGACAGGUUGGCCAGCGAUGACGGAAUCGAGUACUACAUCUCUUGGGUCAAAGACAGAUACUUAGAUGUCCAGGUGACGCAGGUGGGGAGGAGCUUGAGCGACUUCUUCCGUCGCCUCAAAAGGCGUGGGGGGCAGUCCAUUCGGGACUACAUGAGCGACUUCGACCGCGCCUUGGCUCGACUCAAUGAAUGUGGGUGCGUGCUCCCGGACUUGGCAGCGGCUUGGGUCUUCGUGGAUCGGAUGGAGCUGGAGGAAGGGGCCGAGCUCAACCUCCUCGCUUCGGUGGGCAACCAGUACAACUUGAAGGCCUUGCAGCAGGCGGCGAUCGUUCAGGACAGAGCCCUCAGGAAGCCAUGGGAGGGCCAAGGUCGUGGAGACAGGAACAACAAGCGUGAAUGGUGGCCCAAGAAAAUCCAGUCGGCGAACAUGGCGGAUGCUCCGGAGACGAUGGAGGACGCGGACGACAGCCCAGGAGAUGAUGGCGACCAGGCCGUGCCAGAGGCGGUGGCAGCCGAGUACUAUGAGGCGUACAUCACUCAUGAGUCUGCGAAGAACAAGUACAAGGCAAGCCUCCAACUUCGGGGCAGUGAUCCCGAAACGAUGCGGGAGUUGGCAGCCCAGAAGCUGAGUGCUGCCAAAAGCAAAAGUUUCUGCGCUGGGUGCCAUCGCCGAGGCCACUGGCAUAAAGAUGCCUGCUGCCCCUUGAAUAAGGGAAAGGAUGGAGGCAAUGCGGCAAGCUCGUCUACAGGGGCUACAACUUCUGGGACUCCACCUGGCGGCAAAGGCGCUGGGCCAAGGUCGAGCUACGCGUGCCACGUCGUCCAUGUGACUUGGGACCUUGAGAACGACAAAGGGCCCUCCACCUUGGCAGCGAUCACAGACACAGCUUGCUCGAAGUCGGUUGCUGGCCUCCCUUGGAUCGAGCACUACAUCACAGCAGCUGAGCAGGCGGGGUACCGGCCGAUCAUCCUGGAGUGCAAGGAGUCUUUCAAGUUUGGCGCCUCCCGUGUGUUCGAGGCUUCGUACGCCAUGCUGAUCGGCUUCGCCUUGGGCAACUUCGAAAUUUGGUUAAAGGUUGCUGUGGUCAAGGGAGACGUCCCCCUUCUGGUUUCGAGGCCGGCGCUGGGACAUCUUGGAAUGGUGCUCGAUGUUGAGCGGAACACCGCAACCUUCCGUGCCCUUCAAGUCGCGGACUUUCCUCUUUUGACCACGGAGACGGGACAUCCUGCUCUCCCUGUUCGUCCUGUACAGGCCAAUCACACGCUAGCGGGGGCCAAAGGCUGGUCCGAUGAGGAGAUCCGCAUCCUCCCGCGCGCAGUGCAAUACAUGGUGGGACUUCAGGGGCAAGGGGAAGGGUCUUCGGUGUGGUCUAGCAUGAUGGUCUUCGAUGUGGAGGAGUUGAGUUCCGGAGAGUCAGUUCCACCCCUUCCUCUACCACGGGCCCUGGACCUCGACAAGGUAGUCGACAGUCUACAGCAGAAGCACACCCUCCUCAUGAAGACAGUCCACGUCUUGGAGAAGAACGAGAUCCUUUUUCAAUCCAAGCAGCUGGAACACGGAGCAUCAAGACCAGAAGUGGUGACCAGACAGAAGGGACUAUGGGAGCUCACCCGGGACGAGCUGUUGCGCGAGGCGGAGGCCCGGAGAUUGACUAUCCACCCCCGGUGGACCGUCACCGAGAUCCGCUCAGUCAUCCAGGAGGACCUUGCGAAGGAAGGGGACUCCGAGACACCGAUGCCUCACUUGAACAAGAUGAACCUCGAGGAGCUGGAGGCGGCGGUUGGCGCAGCGGGGAUCGAACUUCCCUCGAAGUACAACAGAGAGAUCCUCAUGAGGCUACUGCGAGACAACGGGGGGAUGGGGCCUCAGACUCUCAUGAACUUCGGUCGCUACCAGGGCAUGAUGUUCUCCCACACUCCACAUGGGUACCGGGCUUGGGCCAUCAAGGAGAUGCACAGCAACGAGAACGCCAGCGAGGACCUGAAGAUGUAUGCCACCUGGUGCGAGAAGGAGGAGAAGAAGACGUUGAGCAAGACGAGGACUCCGGAGCCCUACAUCGACCCCGAGACCAAUGCGAAGAUUCCCUACGUGCCCGAGGAGGAGAACUCGUCGGCGUGGAGCCUGGUGCCGCCCUUUCGCGGGUACCUGGGGACCAGCCCGAAGGCCAGAGCCGGCCCCUUGAACCUCAGCGAGAUCCCGCACUACCCGUUGACACCACCCCGGAACCUACGGAGGCCAGCACCUUCGGCCAGCGGAUCACAGGUGGGAGAGAUGGAGGAGGACAUGGAUCCCGAGCACGAGAUAGCCAACCUGGAGCGGAGGAGCGAGGAAGGCGGGGCCUUCCAGGAAUGCCUGGAGGGGGAUGGGGAGGUCCCUGGCCCUGCCGAGAACAAAACUUCCCCGAACACACAGGAGAAGAUCAAGGACUACGACAUCGGUGAGGAUGACGACUUCACCCGUGAGUGCCUUGUCGGAGAUCACUACGGCCCCCUCAAGACCUCUAAGGACACGAUCACGGAGAAGGAGGUCAUUGCAAAGUGCGAAGAAGUUGCGAAGGCCAAGCUCCAGAGCAAGAGCUUCGAGUACGGAGAUCUGUUGGAAGUGCUUCGAAAGAUCCCUAUGAAAGGCACCCGGAGGCAUCGAGACAUUGAAGGAGGACGAGGCGCGGUGGCCCAUAGCCUGGUUGGAGGGCUCUACUCGCACGGCUCCAAGUACGGGAUCACGAAGCGCAGCAUGGACCUCCCGUGGACCACCCGUUUUAUCAACGCCUGCAUGAAGAGCAAGGUCAAUGGUUCAUGGACAUCUUUCGCCUUGUUAAAGGGGGUUCAGACGUCUGUGCACAAGGAUGUACACAACAUUCCCGGACGCGAGACCAUCACCAUCUCACUCGGGAACUUCUCUGGCGGUGAACUUUGGGUGCAUCAACCUGAGCUCAAGGACUCCGAAGAGGCAGAGGUCGUGUGGAAGAGGGAUCCUACGGGGGAUGGGUCGGCUCGGCUUCCAGGAGUACUGCUCUCCACCAAAGAGAACCCCACUUCCUUCGACCCCCGGAACUACCACGCCACAGAGGACUGGGAUGGUGAGAGAUGGUGUCUAUCGCUCUUUUGCUCGAGAGGAUACCCACAGAUCACAGAGGAGCUGAGAGAACAUCUUCGUGACCUACGUUUUCCUCUACGUGGCCUACCUGCGCAGGAGAGAUCGGAUUCCAUCUCUGGACCAACUGAGAGACCAAGGAAAAGCACUCGAAAAUUGCUUUGGCAGAGGGCUAAGCGCUUGGCAUCUUUGACUACGUGGUGUACGAUGGCUGCUUCGUUAUGUACGACCGAGAUCCUGGCUGCGCCGCGUGGAGUCAACAGCGUGGCCCUGAUGGAACUUGGGGGCUGGGAGAAAACCAUCGAGCUGGGGACGCACGACUUCCUCACUACGGAACCCCUCACGUAUGAGGACGUCUCUGCCAAAGAAAAUCACCCUACAGACAUGUGGAAGGAGUUGCAGCCAGCUACCCUGUGGAUCCAUGGGGUGGGCGACGACGUUUGCCCGUCCUCAGUUGGGGAACUGGCGAGGUGCCAAACACUCCGUGGCAGAGGUGUCGUGGUCGAGGCUGAGCAGAACGAUAACAUCUGGAAUGAAGAGUGGGUGCUGGAGGUCGCGGAUCUCGGGGACAUGGUGAAAGACGAGGUUAGGGAUGGAAGGCGGACCUUGUCAGUGAACCGAGAAGACAACGACAUCUUCAAGUGCUCCGACGAGGCGGUGAAAGAGAAGAUGGAAGCCUACCUUAAAGACAAGGUGGAGAACGCCUACGUUGUCGAAGCCGGGAAGGAAAACACGACUGGCGUUGAAGAAGGACUCCGUGGAGCGAGCGCCAUCAGUUUCCGCGACGAAAAGAACAUAUCGAGUGAGGUCAAGACAGCCCUAAGAAGGCUGCACCAAAACUUGGGGCACCCAGAUCGAGAUGACUUAGCCAGACACCUGAGAAUGGCUGGUGCCGGCCCCGAGGUGAUACAAGCCGUGAAGAGGAUGUCCUGCCAGGUAUGCGAGCGCAACAAGAGGGGACUGUCUGCUAAGCCGGCCAGUUUUCCCACACUGCUGGAGUUCAAUCAAGUUGUGGCCCUGGACGCCUUCUCUUCCUACGACAGUACAGGGACGAGGUAUGAGUUCAUGAUGGCUCUGGACUUGGGGACGGGCUUUGGCUUAGCAUCAUCCCUCCAAGGUCAUUCGAGCGAGGCCAUGGAGGCGACCUUCAACGAGAUGUGGUGUCAGGUAUUCGGACCCCCGUCGGUCCUAGCCCUGGACCUGGAGUCCGGCCUUCAAGCUGGCUUGGCGAGGUUCAGUGAGUGGCACGGGACCAAACUACGACCAAUAGCAGCACAGGCCCACUACCAGCAAGGAGCAGUAGAGAGACACAUCAGAUUGUGGAAGGAAGUUUGGGCGAAGAUCGUCGACGAGCACGCCGUGAUUGAGGAAGACGUACCCAUGGCCAUCACCUCGGUGAACACAGCCCUGAACACCUUGAAGAGGGAUUCCGGGUUCAGUCCUUCGCAAGCAGUGUGGGGCAGAGAUCCAGUCGUGCCUGAGGAAGUUCUCAACGGUCCUCAUGGUGAACAUCUCGACCAUGUCCUUUCUAAAGACAGGAGACGAGCUAAGGAGAUGAGCAUCAGGAGUGCUGCGAAAGAGGCGUACUUCAAGUGCCAUCGUGACGCCAAAUUCCGAAGAGCCCUUCUACAACGAAGCAGAGUAGCAGGGCCAGAACUCCAAGUGGGGGACCACGUUUACAUGUACCGGAAGCCCAAGAAUCAGAAGACUUGGUACUGGUACGGCCCGGCUGUGAUCAUCGGGAGAGAAGGUCCAAACUACUGGACCUCCUUCGGAGGGAGGUGUCAUCUCGUAGCACCUGAGCACAUCCGACUGGCUACUGGGGAAGAGAUCGGACAAGGAUUCAUUCUCAGGACAACCAAAGAGGAUUUGGCGCGUCUCUUAGAAGCGGAUUUCAAAGAUGAGGACCUCUUUGUCGGAACACCAGGCGAAGCAGAAGGCGACCCCGAACUACUACAAAGUGGAGAUCCCGAACGAGGCCCUAAGGAACCUAGAGAACAUCCCCCAGAAGGACAUCAACCAGUGCGGAAGAGAGUUCGGACUAAGGGGCCUGCUCCAGGCCCUGGAAACAGUGAGCAGCAAGAAAGAGCCAUCCCCGAGGACGAGGCGACGAGGAUGAACCACGUGCACAUGGCAAAGAGAGCCCCUACUAGGCGCAGCCGUGAAAAAGCCCUCGAGAAGGAGAUCCCCUGGUCUUUGGUUCCCGAAGAACAACGAGAUCAAUUUCGCCAGGCAGAACGAAAACAGUACGACGAACAUUUGCAAUAUAGAGCCCUGGAGCCCCUGGACGUGGAGACCAGUAGGGAAGUCAGUGCCAAGAAAGGGGAGAGGGUCCUGGAUAGCCGGUUUGCGUACCGUGACAAGAAUUGGAGCAAGCGGCGCAAAGAUCCGGGAACGGAAUGGAAACCGAAGUCGCGGUUAGUGAUCAGUGGACACCGUGAUCCAGACCUCCUUUCAGGACUUUCCACACACGCUCCAACGAUCUCGAGACAAGGAAUACACCUUCUCCUCCAGAUCCUCGCCUCGAAUCUGAAGAAGGGAUGGACCGGUCACGCAGGAGACGUGACAGCAGCUUUCCUUUCAGGAGAAGAACUGGAAAGGGAGUUAUACCUCCGUCAGCCCCGUUCCGGCUUGGGCGACCUCCAUCCGGAACAACUCCUACGUAUCCGGAAGGGGAUCUUUGGCCUCGUUGACAGCCCGUCCUCUUGGUGGAAGAAGUUGAAGAAGACUCUCAAGGAACUCGAGAUCGAGGACGAGAAUAAGAAGAGAUGGAGAGUGACGCAGUGCUCUUUGGAUCAUUGCAUCUUCAUGGUCCAGGCGAUCAAUGGAGAGGGAGAAGACGGCACCCCGAUCCUUGGACCUCCCGAAGCCUACCUGGGAGUCCACGUAGAUGAUAUUCUUCUUGUCGGUGAAGACAGACUCUGUCAGUUGAUAAAGCAGGAGCUCAGUUCAGUGUUUCCCAUCCACGAGUGGGAGACCGGGAGCUUCGACUACGUGGGAUCCUUCAUCGAGAUCGGCGAGGACCAGGUGACGUUGUCGCAGUCCAGCUAUGUCAACACUCGUCUCUUCACUCUGGAUAUUAAGCCGGGGCAAGUGGACUGGGAGAGUGCCGAUGAAGAACAGCGACACGACAAUAUGUCCUUGAUCGGAGCGUUGUCGUGGCUGGCGAGUCAAUCUCGCCCGGACCUUCAAGUAGGAGUGUCGUUGAGUCAGCAAUGUCAACGACAACCCACCGUCGGCGACCUCAAGUUCACGAACCUCCUGGUCAAGAGAGCUCUUGAACAUCAAGAUCAAGGCGUGGUCUUCAGGAGCAUCGAUCUGGAGAAAGCAGUACUACUCUGCUACCACGACGCUGGUUGGGCCAACUGUCCCCAGAGCCAGGAGGACCCGUACUACUCCCUGACGUUCGAAGAGGAGAAGCAAGGACUGAUCCAAGAGGGCCCCUAUGCGAUCCGAGAGAGGAAGGCUAAGAGGGCGAACUCAUCGAUCGCUUCCCAAAUUGGAAGCCUCUUCGUGCUGGCCAACGAAGAGAUCCUCAGCGGCUCGCGUGAGGCAGGCAGCAUCCUCGACUGGAAGAGUGGGGCCUGCGAUAGAGUUUGCCGAUCAACUUUCGCGGCGGAGACGAUGGCCUGCGCAUCCGCCAUUGAGACGGGGGAGUAUAUCCUGAAGUUCCUCGAAAGUCUCCUAAGGGGCAGUUUGUACAGGAAAGGAACGACCAGGUUCAAAGCCCGCUUUCUCUCUGACUGUAGAAGCUUGUUCGAUCACCUCACAAGGGAGGGAGUCCCUCGGGUACCCAGCUGCAAGCGGCUCGCUAUCGAUUUGGCUGCUAUCCGUGACGAUUUAGAAUGCUUUGGGAGGCUUGCCUGGAUACCCACCGGGAGUCAGAUGGCAGAUUUGCUCACCAAACCGCUGAAGAGCGGUCAAUGGUGGGCACAACUCCGAGAGGGAAUCAAGUUGACUUUCAGAGAGGAUCUUCCGAAGCAGUGUAAAGCUGUGGAAGUAAGCUUCGGUUGA